AUGCCGAGAUCAUUUGGCAAUAGACGUCCGUGUCGUAAGAUAGCAUUGGUGAUCGGUAAUGCUGAUUACGAAAAGAAUCCGUUGCGUAAGCCGUUGAAUGAUGCAGCUGAUAUGACCAAAGCUUUGAAAAGUAUUGGGUUUCAAGGUGGCGUGUUUACAGAUAUGAAUUUUGGAGACAUGAAAGAAUGUACAAAACAAUUUGUUCAAGCGAUUCAACAUAAUGAUUUGGUUUUAUUCUACUUUUCCGGACAUGGAAAGCAAUGGGAAGAUCAUAAUUUUUUACUGCCCUGUAACAAUCGAAACAUAAAUGAUAGUAAUAUUAGUCAAUAUGCGAUCAAUGCGCAAUGGCUUCUUGAAGAUAUAUCCAAACGUCGUCCUCAUGCUAUUGUGUUUAUAUUGGAUUGUUCUCGCGAAUAUGUUUCACGGGACUCAGCCGGUCAUAAUAUGAAAGUACAUGAAGGUGAGUUUGAACAACCGAGAUCAGUACCUAAAGCAACCUGCAUUUCACCAAGUAUUAUGAUCUGUUAUGCCUGUCAAGGCGGCGAAUCGCCAGUAGGAAACAACGCAGAUAGAAACAGCAUGUACACAAAGCAUAUUCUUCGACAUAUUGCAACACCUAGAAAACAAAUUCAAGAUUUAUUUAUAAUCAUUAACAAUGGUGUUCGUGAAGAAACCCGUGAAGCCCAGGAACCUUCCACAGACACGUCGCUGAAAGAUCCAGACAUCUACCUUUGUGAUGCUGAUUGUGGUGGGAACCAGAGUGGAAGUAAUGACGAUUGUGAGAGACAAAGUGGAAGUGAUGGAGAAGAUCAGGAUCAAGGUGGAUAUCAUGGACCUCCACAAGGUAACAUUUCUUUCAUGUUUUGCUUAGCUAUAAUCUAUGCCCGUUAUUCUUCAGGUAAAAACUCACAUUAUUAUCAUAAGACAGAAUAUGUGACCAGUACAAAAACGUAUCACCAUUCGAGUUGUGCAAGUAUUCUGGUGAGAGAGAUGCCGAGAUCAUCUGGCAAUAGACGCCCGUGUCGUAAGAUAGCAUUGGUGAUCGGUAAUGCUGCUUACGAACGGAUAAAUAAGUUGGGGAACUCGUCGAAUGAUGCAGUUGAUAUGGGCAAAGCUUUGAAAAGUAUUGGGUUUCAAGUAGACACAGGUAUUGACUUGAAACUGGGCGAAAUGGCAUCCUAUAUAAAACGAUUUGUUGAUCGGAUCGAGGGAGAUCAUCUGGCUUUAUUCUUUUUUGCUGGUCACGGCUCACAGUUGAAAGAUCAAAACUAUUUGAUACCGACUGACUAUUCACCUUCACGUGGCGUAGACUCGAGUGAACAAGCUAUUAAUGCGCAAAUAGUACUUCGAGAAAUGAGAAAGCGCAACCCAUUUUGUGUUGUAUUUCUGCUGGAUUGUUGUCGUAAUUUCGAUGCCCGUCCUCAAGAACUGCAACGUGGUGCCACUAUAGGAAGCCGAGGGAUCGGAAAAAUGAAUGCAAGAGGAAAUACUAUUAUUGGUUUUGGUGCUAAACCUGGUAAAUCAUCAGGUGAAUAUAAAAGCGAGCGUAACGGUCACUAUACCAAGCAUCUCCUUGAGCAUAUUGCCACACCCAAUAUGCAAAUUCAAGAUUUAUUCACGAUUGUUACCAAAGAGGUUGCUGAAUGGACCAAUGGCGACCAAGAACCUUGGCAAACUGGAAGUCUGAGAUACGAAGACAUCUAUCUUUGCGAUGGUGAUGCCUAUUCAAACGAUGAUGGAUCUGCGGAAUCCGGUGGAAGUGAUCAUGACGAAGAAUACGACGGACAGGACGACACGAAAUAUGGAGGAGGUCAUGGAAAUUCAAAAGAUAAGCUAAUGAAUGAUCUGAAAAACCGACUGGAACUAUUUAUUGGUAGAGAUCUAGACGGUGAUGGAAAAAUCGGUUAA